AUGACGGCAGUGGAUCUUUUCAACACUUUGGAGGAUUUAAAAGAAGAGGAAUUUAAGAAAUUCAAAUGGCAUCUGCAGCAGCGGGACAUCCUGGAAGGCUACCAAAGCAUCAAAGUGUCCAAGUUGGAGAACGCAGAAAGGCAGGACACGGUGGAUGUGAUGGUGAAAACCUAUAAACUUCACGGAGCUCUGAAGGUGACCAAGAAGGUUUUAGAGGAGAUCAACAGGAAUGAUCUGGUGCAGAGUCUGCCAGACACCAGCUCAGGACCACAAGUGUGUGUAGUUGUGGCUGCUGCCAGCAAUGUGCCAUCUGAAGAAGUGUCCAAACCAGAAGUUCCCUGUGACGUCCCUGUGGAGAACCUGGAAAGCAGGAUGUGUACGAAGCACGAUAAACCUCUGGAGCUGUUCUGUAAGACCGACCAGACAUGUGUCUGCAUGCUCUGCACUGUUUUAGAUCACAAGAUGCAUGAUGUUGUUCCUCUGACAGAAGAAUAUGAAGGAAAGAAGGCCGAGCUGGGGAAGACAGGGGCUGAAAUUCACCAGAUGAUCCAGAAGAGACGACUGAAGAUUCAGGAAAUCAAACACUCUGUUGACUUUAGUAGGAUACAUGCAGACAGAGAGAUAGCAGAAGGUGUUCAGGUCUUCACUUCUCUGAAGGAGUCUGUUGAGAGAGGCCUGAAUGAGCUCAUCAACACGAUCAAAGAGAAGCAGAAAACAACAGAAAAACAGGCCAAAGCUUUCAUCAAAGAGCUGGAACAGGAAAUCUCUGAGCUGAUGAAGAGAAGCACUGAGGUGGAGCAGCUCUCACGCUCUGAAGACAAUCUCCAUCUUCUCCAGAGUGUCCAGUCCCUAAACAUCCAACAACCUCCACCCACCAAGGACUGGACAGAGGUCAGCGUCCGUCCAUCAUCAUAUGAGGGGACUGUGGUGAAAGCUGUGGUUCAGCUGGAGGAGACACUCAGUAAAGAGAUGAAGAAGCUGCUUGAAGCCGAGCUGAAGAGGGUCCAGCAGUAUGCAGUGGAUGUGACUCUUGAUCCUGAUACAGCACAUCCUAAUCUUAUCCUGUCUGAUGAUAGGAAACAAGUGAAUGAUCGUGAUCUACUAUCUAUGCUACUCAGGAAGAAUCUCCCAGACAACCCAGAGAGAUUUUCUGAGUGUGCUAGUGUUUUAGGAAAGCAGAGUUUCUCUUCAGGCAGAUUUUACUUUGAGGUUCAAGUUAAAGGAAAGACUGAAUGGGAUUUAGGAGUGGCGAGAGAGUCAAUCAACAGGAAGGGAGCAGUCGCACUGAGCCCUAAGUAUGGUUACUGGACGAUAUGGUUGAGAAAUAGAAAUGAGUACUACACUGCUGCUGGCCCACGUGUCCGUCUCUCUCUGAAGUCUCCUCCUCAGAAGGUGGGGGUGUUUGUGGAUUAUGAGGAGGGUCUGGUCUCCUUUUAUGACGUAGAUGUUGCAGCUCUUAUCUACUCCUUUACUGGCUGCUCCUUCACUGAUAAACUCUUCCCGUACUUCAGUCCCUGUGACAAUGAUGAUGGUGAAAACUCUGCCCCUCUGAUCAUCUCUCCUGUCAGAGUAAACUAAUCACUGAUCUUAUUUCAGGUAUUGAUUUAUUUUCAAUUAAGGGAACAAAUGUACAUAUUAAUAUAUUUU